GGUGGGGGGUUUUCUUGUAAACUCUUCUGAAUGUGUUUCUCCAAGAGCGAUAACAACGUCAACCACCAAGAACCGUCGCCCUAAUCUUUUACAUGGCUAUCACGAUAAUUCUUGGCUCCCAGUGGGGAGAUGAGGGCAAAGGAAAGUUGACCGACAUCCUUGCCCCAGAGGCUAAACUCUGCGCCCGCGCUGCUGGAGGACAUAACGCGGGGCACUCUAUCGUUGCCAACGGAGUGUCGUACAGCUUCCACUUGCUUCCUUCCGGACUCAUCAAUCCGACAUGCAUGAACUUCAUCGGCUCUGGGGUAGUCUUCAACGUGCCGCAAUUCUUCAAAGAGCUACAGGAUCUAUCAGAGAAAGGACUAGAAGUACACGAUAGAAUUCGUGUUUCUGACCGGGUGCACAUCGAUCUACAGUUGCACAUUGCAGCCGAUGGACUCGAGGAACAGGAGCUCGGAGAGGGCAAGAUCGGAACAACUGGACGAGGUAUCGGACCCUCUUAUAGCUGCAAAGCCGCGCGGAGCGGCAUUAGGCUGGCUGAUGUCUUCAACCCCAACCUAUUUGAGCAGAAACUACGACGAUUAGCUGAUGGUUACCGAAAGCGCUACGGAGAUCUCUUCAGGUACAACAUCGAAGAGGAGCUUGCCCGAUUUGAGGAGUACCGACCCAAGUUGCGUAAUUAUGCUGUUGACGGAGUAUCUUUUAUGAAAUCAGCGCAAGGGAGCAACACUCCCAUUCUGGUCGAAGGAGCGAAUGCGCUCAUGCUUGACCUUGACUAUGGAUCAUACCCCUACGUAACAUCGUCCAACACUUCACUGGCCGGCAUCAUCGGCGGACUUACCUUGAAUCCCAAGAAGAUCACAGAGAUCAUCGGAGUUGUUAAGGCUUAUACGACAAGAGUCGGCUCGGGAGCUUUCAAGACCGAGGACACGGGAGAGAUCGGAACGAAGCUUCAAGAAAUUGGAAGAGAAUGGGGAACAUCAACUGGUCGGAGACGCCGAUGCGGAUGGCUUGAUUUGGUCGUUCUGAGGUACUCGAAUGACAUCAAUAACUACACUGCUCUGAACUUGACAAAGCUCGACGUCCUGGAUACCUUUGAUACAAUCCGCGUCGCGACAGCGUAUACGCUCGGUGGCAAGGAACUCGAUCACUACCCAGCUGACCUGGAUAUCUUGGAUCAAUGCGAAGUUGUGUACAAGGACUUUCCGGGAUGGCAAACACCUACGACAAAUGCGAGGUCUUACGACGAUUUGCCAAAAGAAGCGCGUGAAUACGUGGAGUUUGUUGAGGGAUUUGUGGGAGUGAAGAUCAAGUACAUUGGGACCGGCCCCGAUCGUGAAGCCAUGAUCAAGCGCGAUUGAGAGGUUUCUUACGGAGCUGAUGCGAGUAGAAUUGAUGGUUACAACGUU